UUUUGUUUUGUUUUUGGCAAAUAAAGCUAACUUCUCGUACAUUUGGCUUCGUCAAAGUUUCGGAAUUGUAUUGCCAAAACCUUAUUGUAACAUAUCCACCGUGAGUCCAGUAUGUCUGCGUCGAUGAGAGCCAGUUCAGCGCCAAGUUCAUCGAGGCCGGUGCAGCCACUGGACACCAGAGAACUGAAUUUUCAACUCACAGAGAGCAGGAAGACACAACCUCCUCUUGUCAACAACCACCUCAUCCCAGAUGAACUGCUGGUCAGCCUCACCUCCACUGUGUGCAGCAGGAGCACACUGGGGCACACUGCACACCAUCGGCACUGCAAGGGCUGUGGAAUCAGACGGCCGGAUGCAGUCUGGCAUCACCCCCUGGGGCGCAAUAAAUACAAGUUCUUUCUGGACCAGCCAACGUCCCUGACUGGAGCCGGCAGGGAUAUUUCUUUCCUGUGUGAUGCUAUGGUAACCCAGAGGAAGACAACACACCUCCCACCUCUGACUGACAGGAGUGGCAUUGGAGACACACAGAACUACACUGUCUCAGAAAGUCUGAUCCCGGAAGAAUAUCACAUUGUGAAAAACAAAGGGCUGCGGAGCCUUGAGUUCUUUGAAGAUGCGUUCACAGUGCAGCUGCAGGAUGAUGAGCAGAAGCUGCGGGUCUUCCCUUCGCUGAGGCCCAGUGGCAGACUGGAAGUGGUCCAGCUGAUGAGGAUGAUGGAUGACAUGCUGGAGAAGGCUGGAGUGGAUGAGCAGAGUGAGGAGCUGACAGAGCUCUCCCAGAUGGAGGGUAUGCUGGAGCUGGUGCAGGUUGAGCAGAACAUCUACAACAUUGUUUUCCAUGAACUGAUCAGACAGGUCAGUGUGGGCUGUGCUGAGAGAGGACAGCUGCUUGCCAAACUCAGACAGCGCUACCAGUCCCUGCUCGAGCGUAUCCCCAGCCGUCUGAAGGCUCUGCACACUGAGGUAGUGGCGCAGAGGGCUCUGGAUCGCCGGCUCACUGAGGAGAUCCACCGCAUCAAGAGAUGCAUCCAGCAGCUAAACACGGAGCUGUCCAGAAUCAGAGACCAUGAUGCCUCCGUUUCCCAGCAGGCAGAGUGCGCUCACCGACAGCUGGCUGGGGCGCUCGAGCAGACUCACACCAACUCAGAUGUCGUCACGGGUUACCACGAGCUGUAUGAGCUGCAGAGGGGUCGCCUUGAGACUCAGCUGCUCCAGAGGACUGAGGAGAGAGACUGCUGGAGCCAGCUCACCUUCUGCCUCGCCCUCAAGGUGAUCAGUGUUAAGAAGCUGCAGCUGAUCAGUCAGCUGCAUAUUAUUGAGCAGAGCUGGUUCAAGACCUCCGAGCAUUGCAGCCUUUAUGUCGCUUUGAAGGACACAGAGGACCUGAAUAUCAUCAUGGAGCUCAGUGACCACUGGAAAGAGCAGCUGACUGCUUUCAUGUCCCAGCUGAAAAAGACUGAGCAUGCUCAGUGUGAACAGAUCAGUGCCGUCCAGCAAGGCAUCAACAAGUGGCUCGACUUCUGCACCACACAGAACAAGUGUCCAGACCCGAAAUAUGAAAAAGCUUCAUUGGAAAAGAUUCAUGCUGAUUUGAAGCAGUGGUCAAACAUGUUGUCCGUCCAGUGUGACCGCUACCAAGGUGAGAAGCUGCUUUGCUGCCAGCAGACACUGGACGAGCUUGGCCGUGUCCAGGAAAGAUGGCUGAAUAUGAGUCUUGAGCUGGUCAGAAGACACCCUUCUCCCGAUGGUGAACCCUGUGGAGGCCAACAGGCCCUAAGAGAGCUGGACAGGGUCCUAUCUGAGCUCCUUAAACAGCUGGACACCCAAGUCAGUGGAGAGAGUGGGAUCCAUAGACAGAUCAUGUCACUGCUCGGGUUGAUGGAGUCCUGGGUUUCCAAUCUUUGUGCACUGAUUGGCCAGCCAGAAAUGAUGACUGCCUCUGACGGGCUGAAGCUGGAAAAAACACUGCGCAGUUGGCAGAGUUUGGCUGAUCAAGUGUUUCAGAACGUCUCCAGCAUACAGACAGAGAACGAAAAGGACAAAAUUAAGGCCGACAUAUAUACAGAGACAGAAAAGGAGUUAGACAAAGUGCAGGAGUUCAUAACCAGCCUGUCCAACUUCACUGAUGGUGAGAACCAGAGACUCAGUGAGGAGGUUAAUUCUAUUCACAUGGCUCAGACCCGCUGGAUGUUGGACCUGUUGCUCCUGAUGGUUCCUGAUCAUAGCGAGGGCCACAACCAAGAACAAGAACAGCAAUACAUGACAAACAUCUCACUACAGACACUGGAGCAGGACGCCAAGAUGCUGGCUGAGAAACUGGAUGUUUUUUCCGUAUACAUCAGCAGCUCUUGCAAGCUGAUUGUGGAGGAGCAGAUUCUGCAGAACACAAAUGAAGUUGACAGUAAAAAUGAGAUGAACGAGUGCAGAAAGCUGCAGAGGGAGUGCAUUGAUUGGGUGGAGACCUGCAUGAUCUUGCUCUCCGGAGUAACAGGCCGUCCUGUGGCGCUGCCCGUGCGACAGUCUGACCCCGCCUGCAGCAGUGAUGUCCCGCUCACUCCAGCAGACAGCGUGGAGACUCUGGUGAACAAAGAGGUUCCAGUAGAGCCUACUGAAGACAGUGAGGUCAAAGAUGAGACUGAGGCAGAACCGAGAAUGGGGGAGCUAUCGGUUUGUGAGAGCCCAGUGGUGAAGCUGAUUAACUAUGAUGGAAACAUCACACAAAGAACGCUGGGAGAGAGCAGUGUCCACCUGAAUGGGACUGAGUUGGUUGUGUCUCCAACAACAGAUGAAGCCCAGAAAGCUUUUAGUGAUCUGACCACAGUGGCAUUACUGCAGCAGGAACUGCAUGAUUCAGAGCUGCAGGUCCAGAGUGCCGAGCAGCGAGCCCUGAAGGCUGAGGAAGCCCUGCAGGCAGCGUUGGAGAAGAUUCAGGACCUAGAGAGGCAACUGCAGGGUCCGCCCAGUCUGGAGCCAAAACCUAGUGAAGAGAAAAAGAAAACACCACCACCUUCCCCAAAACCAGUAGCAACACCAGCUCCUCCAAAGAAAACUGCAGCUGAAGCCAAACCAACAAGCAGCACCAAAAAGACCAGGAAACGAUGAUCUGACAUUUGAUUAGGAGGUGUUACGACGUUAUAUGUAUGUAUGUAUGGGUCGGUCCACUUUAUGUCUGGUGAACUAUUUAUCUAAAAUCACUUUUAGGGGUUUAAUAUUUAAUGUAUCUUCUGUGUUGUAACAAGACUCAUCGCCUGCACUCCAUCACAGUCACAUCCAUAAAACCAGUAAAGGAAAACCACCUGUCUCAAAAGUUUACAAGUUAGUGUAGCACCCAGGAAAACAAAACAAAGAACAAGAAGCAUCAUUCACCAGCGCUACCAUCCAAGUAUAAGAUAUCUUCAGUAUCAGGAGAUUGUCCUAUGUUCAGACUGUAUAGAGUAUAGUGAUGUUUCCAUUCAUCUAAUGGCUUGCUGUGGUUUUGUUAACCUUGUGAUAUGUCUUUGAUUUCAAGUAAAGGCAAAUUAGUGUUUGUUUCUUUCCCAAAAAUAAAGUUUCUGCAGACAAUACAUUUGAAAAAGUAAGCCUUUUCUGGACCUUUAUUAUCAAGACAUAGACGUUGUCAAAUUGCUACACAAACCCAGGUAACCUACUGUAGAGGCUCUCACACCUUUCAGCACU